AUGUCAUCUUCAUCUUCAUCUUCAAAUAGAUUGGAUACUCUGCAAUUGAGACCUUAUUAUAAUCAUGAUACUUUUGAUGCUGGUUAUUCAGUAAUUUAUAAAAAAGGUGUGGGUUUAAUUGAUACUAAAACUGGCAAACCAAUAACAACUAAUUUAUCAUCAAAUUUAAUUGAUAAAACUAUAAAUGAAAAUAUAUCAUCUAAAUCACCAGGUUUAAUUAGAAGAACUUUUAAUAAAGGUGGUCCUAUUGGUUUAAAUCAAUCUUCAUUUUCAUCAAAUAAUGAUAAAAAUUUCUUAUCUGAUUUGGAAUUUAAUGAAUAUUUUGAUUAUAAUAAUUUAAUAGAAACAAUGAAGAAUUUAAUUUAUAAUUUUAUUAAAAGUUAUAUAAAAGUAUUAUUAUCUCAACCUUUAGAAAUUGUUAGAUUAGUUUUACAAGUUGGUAAAUUUAAUUGUAAUAAUAAGAAAGAAUCAAUUUCAAAAUCAAAAAGAUUAUUAAAUGAUGAUACUGGAUCAACAACAACGACUAAUGAAGAAAAUGAUACUUAUAAUGAACAAAUAGGUAUAUUUGAUGAUGAAGAGACGAUUAAUUAUUUUGAAUCUCAAAAUGAUCAACUGGUAUGGAGAAAUAAUAAUGAAAAUAAUAAUAAUGAUUUUAAUUCACAACAACUGAAUAAAUCAAAUAAACCCAAAUCUAAAAGAAGAUCUUUAAGAUCUAAUAAAAUUCAACCAAAGUCAUUACAUACCCUUGAAAUUUUAUCAUCAAUUGUUAAUAAAGAUGGUCCACUUGCUCUAUUUAGAGGUAUUAAUGCAUCAUUUAUUUAUCAAACAUUAUCACAUACUAUUGAAGCAUGGAUAACUGGAUUUAUAUCACCAUUUUUAGGUAUACCUGAUCCUUUUUUCUUGGAUUUAACUCAUUCUAAUGAUCCAUUUAAGUCUUUAUGGUUAUCAGUCUCAGCAUGUAUAUUAACAGGUGUAAUAUUAAUGCCAUUAGAUUUAAUACGUAUAAAAUUUAUGAUUACACAAUUUAGUUCAUCAAGUUCAAUAAAAAAACAGAAUCAUUCAGAAGAAAAUAUAUCGGAAUCAAUUGAAGAAUUAGAAGAGUCUUUCAUUCAAAAUACAAGAUCAGUUCGUGAAUCAAUUAAAAAUUUUCCAAUACAUUAUUUAAUCCACCCAUCAUCUUCGAUUUUAUUAUUAACUACUUUAUAUCAAUUAUCAACUUCAAUUUUUAGAAAAAUGUGUCCGUAUUUAUUAUUUAUUAAAUUUAAUAUUGAUUCAUAUUCAUCUCCAAAUUUUUUCACAUUUGUUAAUUUAAUUUCAUUAAUUUUAGAAUUUUUUGUAAAAUUACCAGUUGAAAAUUUAUUAAGAAAAGCUCAAAUUAAAUUUUUAAUUACCCCUAAAAAAGAAGACCAUAAAAAAGUAAUUACAAUUGAAAAUUCAAAUGAAAAUUUAAUUGUUGAUAUAAAUGAUAUAAACGACGAAAUUCAUGAAAAUUUAACAUUUUGGGGAAAGAUUAAAACUUUAGGAUUAUUUAAUGGUUGGAGAGUUGGUGUAUUAAAUGUUAUUGGAUUUUGGGGUUAUAAUAUUAUUAAAAGUAAUAAUUAUGAAUUCAAAGAGGAAAGAUUAUAA